UUGGUGCCUUUCGUGUGCUUCAUGUUUAGAAGAAGAAGCACAUACAUGGUCGUAUUCUAUUACUAGCGAUUAUGGUAUCUCACUUCCACGGUUUUCAAAAUUGGAGCAGGGGAGGAAAUUAGCUUGCUGCUGAAUCAAAUAGGAUGGAUCCAUGUUCUAUGGUAUGGUGACACAAGAGAGGUACCAAGCAGUGACAGAAAUGAAUGAUCUGCACCAAACAGGUACUAUGAAUCAGUUUUAGCUAGAUUAUACUUUUGUCGGGCAAGAUGCAUAAAUGGUUUUAUUAAACUGAACAAGUCACUGUACUGACAAGCUAGGUCCCCUGUCCCUAUCGGAACUUGUAUCUGAAACAGUGCAUAUGUAUUAUUGUUCUUGAUUCUCUUUCGACACACAGCACAAGUAGGACCCCAGAAGCUCAUGCUCAAAAAAGCCACCGUUAGGUGACUGACAAAGCUUGCAGCACCCAAUUUCUUGCUCCUUUCCUCCUCAAAGUGCUUGGUCCUCCAUUACCCUUCCUCUCCACUCUCAGUACACACACAAACACCAACGAAAAAUGCACUGCAGAGACGAGGAGUAGCCAGAGCACCCAUUAUUGCUCCUCCUUUCCUCUUCCCCCCUCCGCCAACCUCUGGAUCUCACACUGUGGCCUGUGGUGAGCUAGAGUGCAUCAAUGGCACCUGUGGUGAGCGCUGCGCUGGGCGCCUUGGGUCCCCUGCUGACGAAGCUUGGGGGCCUUCUCGCCGGCGAGUAUGGCCGCCUCAAAGGGGUCCGCCGCGAGAUCCGCUCCCUGGAAUCCGAGCUCAUCAGCAUGCAUGCCGCGCUGAAGGAGUACACGGAGCUGGAAGACCCAGGUGGCCAAGUCAAGGCAUGGAUAUCGCUGGUGAGGGAGUUGGCGUACGACACAGAGGAUGUAUUCGACAAGUUCAUCCAUCAACUUCAUAAGGGCUGUGUCCGUCGUGGAGGUUUCAAGGAGUUUUUAGGAAAAAUCGCUCUCCCUCUGAAGAAGCUUGGAGCUCAGCGCGCAAUCGCUGACCAUAUUGAUGAGCUCAAGGAUCGUAUCAAGCAAGUGAAAGAGCUCAAAGAUAGUUACAAGCUGGAUAAUAUCUCUUGCAGCGCCUCUCGUCAUACAGCCGUGGAUCCCCGGUUGUGUGCUCUCUUUGCAGAAGAAGCACACCUUGUCGGCAUUGACGGUCCAAGAGAUGAUCUUGCCAAGUGGAUGGUGGAAGAAGGAAAGAUGCAUUGCAGGGUUCUGUCUAUCGUUGGGUUUGGUGGAUUGGGAAAGACAACACUGGCCAAUGAGGUCAGUCGCAAGAUUCAAGGGCGUUUUGAUUGUCGGGCUUUUGUAUCAGUCUCGCAGAAGCCAGUUAUAAAGAAAAUUAUCAAGGAUGUUAUAUCCAAAGUGCCUUGCCCUGAUGGAUUCACAAAAGAUAUUGACAUUUGGGACGAAAUGACAGCCAUUACAAAGCUAAGAGAACUGUUACAAGAUAAGAGGUAUCUUGUCGUCAUUGAUGAUAUAUGGUCUGCAUCUGCAUGGGAUGCUAUCAAGUAUGCUUUUCCAGAGAAUAAUUGUUCCAGCAGAAUCAUAUUUACGACACGCAUUGUUGAUGUGGCAAAGUCGUGUUGUUUGGGUCGUGAUAAUCGUCUGUAUGAAAUGGAAGCCCUAAGUGAUUUCCAUUCUAGAAGAUUAUUUUUCAACAGAAUAUUUGGCUCAGAGGACUGUUGCUCUAAUAUGCUUAAAAAAGUUUCAGAUGAAAUACUGAAAAAAUGUGGAGGCCUACCUUUGGCAAUUAUUAGUAUAUCUAGUUUGUUGGCAAACAUACCGGUUGCUAAGGAGGAAUGGGAGAAGGUGAAAAGGUCAAUUGGUUCUGCACUGGAAAAUAGUCGGAGUCUCGAGGGAAUGGGGAGCAUACUAUCCCUUAGCUACAAUAAUCUUCCAGCUUAUCUCAAGACAUGUUUGUUGUAUUUAAGUGCAUUUCCCGAGGAUUAUGAGAUUGAAAGAGAGAGGCUAGUGCGCCGAUGGAUAGCAGAAGGCUUUAUUUGUGAAGAGCGUGGGAAAAGCCAAUAUGAGGUCGCCGAGAGCUACUUUUACGAGCUCAUCAACAAAAGCAUGGUCCAACCAGUGGGCUUUGGCUAUGAUGGUAAAGUUCGUGCCUGUCGGGUCCAUGACAUGAUGCUGGAAAUUAUCAUUUCAAAAUCGGCCGAAGAUAAUUUCAUGACGGUGCUAGGCGGUGGCCAAACAAGUUUUGCAAAUCGCCACCGUUUUAUUCGGCGACUAUCAAUCCAGCACAUUGACCAGGAGUUGGCAUCUGCAUUGGCAAAUGAAGACUUAAGCCAUGUUCGAUCUCUGACAGUAACAUCAUCAGGUUGCAUGAAACACUUGCCAAGUCUUGCUGAAUUUGAAGCUCUGCGUGUGCUGGAUUUUGAAGGUUGUGAGGAUUUGGAGUAUGAUAUGAACGGUAUGGACAAAUUGUUCCAACUAAAGUACCUCAGCCUUGGUCGCACACACAAAUCAAAGCUACCACAAGGGAUUGUGAUGCUAGGUGAUCUAGAGACCCUAGAUCUUAGGGGUACAGGUGUGCAAGACUUGCCAUCUGGAAUUGUUCGGCUCAUUAAACUACAACACCUGCUUGUUCAAUCGGGAACAAAGAUACCAAAUGGAAUUGGAGAUAUGAGGAACCUACGGGUGUUGUCUGGUUUUACUAUUACCCAGAGUCGAGUAGAUGCAGUGGAGGAUCUUGGGAGCCUGACAAGUUUGCAUGAACUUGAUGUAUAUUUGGAUGGUGGAGAACCAGACGAAUACAAGAGGCACGAAGAGAUGUUACUUUCCUCGUUGUUCAAGCUUGGCAGGUGUAAACUCUUGACCUUACGGAUAAAUAGGUAUGGUGGUUCCCUUGAAUUCCUAGGUUCUUGGUCCCCACCACCAUCUUCCCUUCAAUUAUUUUAUAUGUCCAGCAACUACUAUUUUCAGUACGUUCCGAGAUGGAUCACACCAGCACUCAGCAGCCUUUCUUACAUCAACAUCAAUUUAAUUGAACUUACGGACGAGGGUCUGCACCCUCUUGGGGAGCUCCCAUCCUUACUUCGCCUGGAACUGUGGUUUAAAGCAAGGCCGAAAGAUAGGGUUACGGUCCAUGGAUUCCCAUGUCUGAAGGAGUUUAAUAUCUCUAGUAAUCAUGCGUCGGCAUACGUUACAUUCGUCAAAGGGGCUAUGCCCAAGCUUGAAAUUUUUGGGUUGCAGUUCGAUGUGUCAGUGGCAAAAACUUAUGGCUUCUAUGUAGGCAUUGAGUAUCUCACCUGUCUCAAACAUGUACGGGUACGGUUGUACAACAACGGUGCUACACCUUCUGAGAGCAAGGCUGCUGCUGCUGCUGCGAUCAGGAAUGAAGGAGCUGCCCAUCCCAACCAUCCCACUGUUACUAUUUAUGGGGAACCAGUUGAAAAGGACAAUGAAGAGACUGGUGGUAAUGACGAGGACAAGCGCAAGGAGGGGAAUUAAAAUGGUGCUCCAGCCGAUAAGAUGUUCCUGAUUGCAACUGCUAGAGGAUGAUGUGACUGUGAGGCUGGCUUGCUUGGAACGUCCAGACGAGACGCUGAAAAACUGAAACUGAAACAGGGCCGUGUCGCCUCCAAAAAGAGUGGUCUGAGCUGUGUUGUUUCUUUAUCCAUUGGUUACUUUUGAAGUUUAUUAAGACUUACAGCAAAGCUAUUUUAAAUAAUCGUCCUGUGGUGAUCUAGAUGUAUCUUUCUGCUGGACGCCUAAAAUAUCAUGCUGCUUUACUGCUGCCAUAUGAAACUGAAGAAGGUAGUCUUCUCUGCUGCAUGCACAGAUUUGUGACCAGAGUACAUAUAUGUAUUUGUCUUCCUGAUCAGAUUUCUUGCUUGAUCCUUGCGACCCUGCGUGGUAAAGUAAGUAACAGUGACAGUGCAUGGUAGUCUGGAUCAGUUAUUUUCUUUUGGUAGUUAUUAUUAUUAAGACUUUAAGUUCUCUGUUUCUCGAGUCUGGUUUACUUUUGUAAGCUCUGCUUGCAUUCAUCAUUUCCGCUGAUUGAACUUGCUGGUGGAAAUAUUGUUGCUUUCUGGAGUAGAUGAAACAUGGGGCAUA